AUGUCGCACGUAACAGCCUCGUCGAGGCUCUGGAAGUCGCUCCUCACAACAUCCUCCCAACAAUGCCGACGAUGCAUCUCCCAAGCGGCGAUUCCUAAGCAGACCCGGCCGACUGCCGCCGCCGCCGCCGCCAGACCCGUGUUCGAAUCGAGGCCGAACCCGGGGCAGAGGAGGACGAAGACGUACAAGACCGUGGAGGAGGCAAAGAGCAGAUACAGAUCAGGGCCCUUCUCGUGGAAAGCAGGAUUGCUCUUCGUCGGAACGGGCGCCGGUCUGACGUGGUACUUUGAGCACGAGAAGCAGCGCAUGGAGCGCAAGCGCAUCGCGGAGGCGACCAAGGGCAUCGGACGUCCCAAGGUCGGCGGGCCGUUCCGGCUGAAAGACCAAGACGGCAACGUCUUCACCGACGAGGACAUGAAGGGCCGCUACGCACUGGUCUACUUCGGCUUCUCCCACUGCCCCGACAUCUGCCCGGACGAGCUCGACAAGAUGGCGCAAAUGUACGACCUGGUCGAGAAGGCGCGGCCGGGGUCCCUCCUCCCGCUCUUCAUCACCUGCGACCCGGAGCGCGACACCCCCGAGGUGAUCAAGGAGUACCUCGCCGAGUUCCACCCCAAGUUCAUCGGCCUCACGGGCACGUACGACGAGAUCAAGGCCAUGUGCAAGCUGUACCGCGUCUACUUCAGCACCCCGCAGCACGUCAAGCCCGGGCAGGACUACCUGGUCGACCACAGCAUAUACUUUUACCUGAUGGACCCCGAGGGCGACUUCGUCGAGGCGCUGGGCCGGCAGCACUCGCCGCAGGCCGCGGCCAAGGUCAUCCUGGACCACAUGAAGGACUGGACGGGCGAGUGGAAGAAGAACGAGGAAUGA